AUGACCCUCGACACAGCAAACAACAUCAUAGCCAAUGCUCACCGCGCCUUCCACAACCACGAGAUUCCCCAUCUGGACUUUGUCCGCAUACGGCAGGAUAUAGAAGCCUUGCUGGCUCGUAAAAAUGCCCAAAGUUUGGUCGACAUGGAGGCCCAGAUCCCCCAUCCACGAUACCACCAUCCCAUCCCACCCCUUGUCGCCGAAGCAGAUCCGGCCUUUUUGUCCUCGUCGCAUGAAGACGCCUAUCUCACUCGACUUGACAACAAGCUAGAACCUGCUGCUCUUAGCGACCCUCGCCCGCCCUCACCGCAGCCCCUAUCUAAACUCACACAGCGUGAGUUGGAUCGCGAAGUUGAACUACGAAACCCUCUGUCCGGCGGUGCAGCUCAAACUCCUGCGACCGCCAACAAACGCCGCAAUCUCGCAAAGCAAGUUGGCGAUAGAGCGCUUGAACGAGCUAGAGAAAAGGAAGGAAGCCCAGGGACUAGAGAUGAUGAUCAAACAUACCGACCAAAGGGUGGCCGUAGCAAAAGCAAGCGAAAGAGAGACGAGGGCGAGAACACACCGGCCCGAGGCAAGAAGCAGAGGACGAGUGUCAACAUCCCUUCCGAUGCAUGA